GUUAGGGUUUUGAUCACCCUUUCUUCCAAUUCCACACACCAACUAAAAUAACUAAAACAAUGGUUGUCGAAGUAUGUUCUUCAUCAUUGUUGACACACUCGCAGUGGUACGGUUCCCAUAGAGAGUCCUCGGAGGUUAACGAUGGCCACCAAGGGAGGCGGCAGCGGCGGAGGGGAAGGAGGAGCCAAAGAGCUAGCAGCUCAGAUUAGCAAAACCCUAAAAGAAGGUGAAAAACUCCUCGCUCCAACCCGACGACCCGACGGCACUCUACGCAAGCCCAUUCGAAUUAGGGCUGGUUUCGUCCCUCAAGAUGAAGUCGCUGUUUACAAAUCCAAAGGCUCUAAGUUGAAGGAGGAAACUCUGCCUCCUGGUUAUGAUCCUGAACAAGAUGUCGUCAACAAACCUAAAUCCAAAUCAGCUAAGAGAAAUGAACGAAAGAAGGAGAAGCGCUUGCAGGGUAAAAAUGAAGCUUCAUCUACUGGAGACGAAGAACAAGCAUUGGAAUCCGUUGAGUCGAUUGCGUCCCACAUAAACGAGAUCACGAUUUCUGGAAAUCAAUGUGUUGCUACUACUCCUCCCUCAAAUUCAAUGGAAUCUUCAGCUACAACGGAGCAUGUUCCUGAUAUUGAUAAACGAAUUCGUGCACUGAAAAAGAAGAUCCGAUUGAUGGAGGCUCAACAACAGAAAGCAGGGCAUGAUAAUGAUCUGAAACAAGAACAAGCGGAGAAGGUUGCUAAAUUGGAAGAUUGGAGGAGAGAAUUGAAACUUUUGCAGGAAACUUCUCAGGGAUCUUCAUAAAGGCAUUUUUGUUGGGAUCAUAAAGAUCGAAGGAAGCCUCAUGGAACAUACAACAGGAUCCAUUCAUCUCAAAUUAAUUAGGUAGAGAAUCAUGACACACAAGCUAGUCCUCUAUGAUUUUGUGUCUUUAGUUUUACAUGAUCAUGUUGAUCU